ACUGAUUGUCAUUUGUCAAAUGUCAAGUACGAGUUACAACUGUCCAGCUUCAUAAAAACGGAUCAAUACCGUCGCAAUACGAAUUAGUCGUCUUUUGUCCGCAGCUCUCUGUAGUAUUGAAGGCAGCGAGUGUCUGCCUAGUGCUGAGUUUUGUGUUAGUAAAGUAUUCCAAAGUAGCGAGGAGUGCGCGCUAUGUGGCAGGAAGCGGGGGAGGCUGCCGCGGGCAGCACUGGCGGCAGCAAGCGCUUCGGUGACUCGGCCAAGCAGCCAGAGGCGGUGUUUAAUGAGCUGAUGCAGGAGUGCAAGUACAGUGCCCCCGGGGCGCGUCUCUCCGCUCGGCUGCGCACCUCGCUCGAGAGGAUGAGUCCGAGCGAGCGGCGCACGGUAUGCGACCGCAAACGCGACGGGUGUGCGCCGCUGUUCGUGGCGUGCAAGCGCGGCAACGUCGAAAUCGUCGAGUACCUCAUCCACGUGUGCGCGUGUGACAUUGAGCAGCGCGGUGUGUACGAGGUCCCCGACGACCGCUCCGUGCACACCGUCACGCCGCUGUGGUGCGCCGCCGUCAGCGGACACCUGGAGGUGGUGCACGCGCUGGCAGAGGCCGGCGCCGACGUCAACGCCGCCAGCGACAGCGGCUCUACGCCCGUGCGCUCUGCGUGUUUCAUGACCCACCUGCCGGUGGUGAGGUUCCUUGUUCAACGCGGGGCCGACAUCCACCGCCCCAACCACAACGGCGGCACGUGCCUCAUCAACUCUGUGCAGUCGGUGCUCUUGUGCGCAUUUCUGCUGGAGCACGGCGCCGAGGUGGAUGCACGCGACACCCAGCUCAAGACGGUGUUACACUACGCGAUACAGGAACACCGCGUGGAGACCGCGCGGCUGCUGCUCGAUCACGGCGCCGAUCCUCACCUGUGUUCGCGCGCCGGCGACGACGCACUGCGCACCGCCUGUCUCAAGGGGGCUUCGCAAAUCGUGCGGUUGCUGACGAGCCGCGUGCGCUACAGCCCCGAGCGGCUGGCGGACGCGUACGAGCUGCUGGGCUCGACGCUGCUGGACGAGUUCAACGACGUGUCGGCGGCGCUGGCGGCGUGGCGGCGCGCGACGGCGAUCCGGCACGCGGGCGGCGGGUACCUGAGCAAGCGGCCGGAGCGCGGCGCGGCGGCGGCGCUGGGCGGCGCGCGCGAGUGGCGCACGGCGGCGGAGCUGCACGCGGCCGCCACGGACAUGGACGCGCUGCGCACGCAGUCGCUGCUCGUGGCGGCGCGCGUGCUCGGGCCCGACCACAAGGACACCGUGUUCCGCCUCAUGUACCGGGGCGCUUCGUACGCGGACGCGUUCCGCUACCAGCGCUGCAUCGACCUGUGGACGUGGGCGCUGCAGAUCCGCAUCGAGAAGGACUCGCUGCUGUACACGGACACGUGCCACACGGCGUGCGCGCUGACGCGGCUGCUGCUGGACGCGCGCGGCGGCCGCCUGGAGCGCGCGCGCGGCCUGCCGGCGCACGCCGACGUGUCGCGCGUGUUCUCGCUGCUGGCGCGCCACCUGCCGCCCGCGCGCCGCCUGCUGGACGCCAGGCCCGUGUUCAAGGCGCAGGCGGAGACGUUCGACCGCGCGCUGCGCUGCGUCACGCACCUCAUGUUCCUGCUGGUGGAGACGGCGGCGGCCGGGCGCGAGCGCGCGCGCGUGCUGCAGGCCGUGCGCGAGCUGGUCGCCGCCGACGUGCGCAGCGCCCACACCGGCGACACGCUGCUGCACCUGUGCGUCUCCCGGCUCAACGUGAUUCGCUCCACGUACUUCGGCGACGAGGUGUCCGUGCAGCCGGUGUUCCCGAGCGUGAACGUGGUGCGGCUGCUGUUGCAGUGCGGCGCGUCGGUGUGCACGCGGAACGAGGCGCGGUCGACGCCGCUGCACGUGGCCGCCAUCCCGUACAACUUCUCGACGGAACUGGUGGAGGCGCUGCUCGAGGGCGGCGCGCAUCUGGACCAGCCCAACAAGUUCGGCGACAGCGCGGCGGAGCUGGUGGCGUUGAAUCGCGGAUCGCGCGUGCGCGUGCUGCAGCACGUGUCGCUGGCGUGCCUAGCGGCGCGUGCGCUGCUGUCGGCAUGCGCGCGCGCAGGUCAGCCGCCACCUUAUGCUGCGCUGCCCGCCACUCUCGUCGCGUUUCUCGAUCUGCACCGGCCUUAAACUGAUCUCAUAUCGAUUACACAGCAUGCUGCACCAUAAUAUCUAGUGAGUAGGGUUGUCCGUUUGUCUUACUCGUCUGUUUCUGAAUCUCAUCCCGUAGUUGCGUGUCGCCAUUACUUGUGUGCUGUUGUAUGCGUCGCGGUAACGACACAGACUGUGUCGACAAGCGUAACGUUACUAUGAUGACGCGCAUCGGAUGUAUGUGUGUAUUCUCUGUCUAUAAUUCGAACAUUGUUAGUGGCAUGUCAGUGCCCAGCGUUCAGUAUUAUUAUUAGUCACAUAAUAUAAUAUUCUUGUAUUGUUAUAAUUAAACAUAUUAAUCACUU